AUGAAGCUCCAAUUCAUGAUGCUUGGUUUGGAAGCUUCAUUUGCCCUUAAAUCUGUACAUGCGGCGAGUGAUAGUAACGCGACUCCUUAUUUUCCCAUUCCAACCAACUCGCCCAAGACAUGGGUUCAUCCAGGAGUUUUCGUCUCCGGGCCGCAGCUCGACUACAUUGCCAAGAGGAUCGAGGCUAAGGAGAAUCCUUGGACGGAGGCAUUGGAUUCCAUGCUUAACUCGUCGUACAUCUCGCCUACGCGAACGGCCGAGCCAUAUGAGACAGUCGAGUGCGGACCGACGUCGACGCCCAACAUUGGGUGUUAUCAGGAGCGCGAGGAUUCCAUGGCGGCAUACAUGAACGCAUUAGCAUGGUGGAUUACGAAGGACAAGCACUAUGCUGAGAAAUCUAUCCAUUAUAUGGAUGCCUGGUCUAGCACGAUCCAAGGUCACAACAACAGCAACGCACCACUGCAGGCGGCCUGGUCUUCCGCUAAUUGGGUACGUGCGGGUGAAAUUAUGCGCUCGAGCUAUCAACACUGGUCCAAGAAGAGUAUCAAGACGUUCUCUGACAUGCUACGACACGCCUACAUCCCCCUCAUCGAGAACGGCGCCCCGCAGAAGAAUGGAAACUGGGAACUAGUGAUGAUUGAGUCUACUAUAGGGGCUGCCGUCUUCCUUGAAGAUGCAGCUCUGUAUGAAAAGUCCUUGGGGUUGUUCUCCGACCGGGUUCCUGCGUAUAUCUACCUGACCUCGGAUGGGAAGUAUCCCGUGCAAGGCCGUGGUCGGAUCAAUACCACGGCGGAGAUUAUCAAAUACUGGUAUAAUCAAAAAACCUUCCCAAUUAGUGGCAUCACGCAGGAGACCUGCCGAGAUUUUGCCCACACCAGCUUUGGCAUCUCAUCCAUCUCCCACAUCGCCGAGACGCUGCGUAUCCAGGGUAUGGACGUGUGGAGAUCCACCGACGUUGGUGCGCGUGUUAAGGCGGCCCUCGAGUUACAUACUGCACUGGACUCAAAAGAGAAACCUAUUCCUAAGUGGCUGUGCAAUGGCACUAUUCCCGACACUAUGAAUCCAAGUUAG